UCCACAAAUUGCGUUAUUGUUUUGAUUCGAUUCUCUCUAGUGAAGAACACAGUCGACGAGUUCGAGUAAAAAAUACAGUCAGCGAUUGAACUCUCCUUCGAAGACGACAGUACUGGUCGACGGUAAAGCUCGAUAUUCCGAAACUGUAAGGAUGUUUGUAAAGGUGCAGCUGCCUUGGAAUGUCGUAAUUCCCGCUGAAAGCCUCGACACCAAAGGACUUAUGCUCCAAAAGUCUAUAAUAAUUCGCCUCUUAGAUGACUUUUCAACGAAGAAGGCAACAAAAGAGCUCGGUUAUUUUCUUGCACUAAUCACACUAGACAACAUCGGGGAAGGAAGAGUUAGGCAGCAUUCGGGUGAUGUACUCUUUCCUGUACUUUUCAGCUGCAUCACUUUCAAGCUUCACAGGGGUGAGAUCUUGGAAGGGGUUGUUCACAAGAUCUUGAAACACGGUGUGUUCUUGAGAUGUGGGCCCGUUGAGAACAUUUACCUCUCAAACCAGAAAAUGCAUGAUUAUCGGUAUGUCCCUGGGGAAAAUCCCAUCUUCAUGAAUGACAAGAUGUCCAGAAUUGAGAAAGAGGUGGCAGUGCGCUUCAUUGUCAUCGGGACAAAGUAUAUAGAGGCCGAGAAGGAUUUUCAGGCAGUGGUGAGCUUGGAGGGCGACUUUCUUGGACCUGUUUCUUAAGUGAAGCUUCUCAUUACUUGAGUCACUGCUUCUUAUCUCAUUUGGCAAUGUAAAAACAUGUUUGACAGCUUAAACUGAUGACGACUAGUCUUGUGUUGUGAAGUGUUAUGUUAUUUAUCAAAAUGGUUUUCACACACCUUAAGCCUUUUUAA